UAGAACUAGUUUGACAGGUUUUGUGGGGGUUUUUUUUGCCCCCAAAGAUUUAAAACUCACAAGGAACUUGGCGAAGGUUUUCAUUUUUUUCUCCCUCAAGUAAACUGGGCGGAACUUUUCAGCUCAUAAACUCCACACGAUCCCAAAGGACGGAAGGAAGGAAGCAAGACAAGUUAGUGGUCUACAAUCCUAAAGUACGACACGUCAUGGAUCGCUACGGAGAGCUGGACUUGGAGUGUGAUGGAGGAGACGUCGCCGAAAAAGGAGGCAUGUUUAAGGGAAGGUUCAAGAAGACUCCUAAAUCGUCCAAGGAAGCGCAACCACAAGUGACGCUCUUGCAGCAAAAUCAAGAAAUUUCAACUAGUAACGACAGCUUACAUGGCAAAUCUUCCAGGUAUCGUGAAAAGGAGAAGUUAGAAGGCUCCAAAGAAAACCUUGCAGAGAAACACAAAUCCAAACAGAGUGGCUUCAGUGCUUUGAUGAACACCUUCUCCUUCGACAACCAGGGGAAGGACAAUACAGACGCUGAUGUAGAGGAGACAUUGGACAACGCAGAGAACCAGGCCAGCUACAAACAGAGCAAACUAGCAGGGGCAAUGUCCAAACUGAAUCCAUUUAAAAAUGAAAACAAAAAGCAGAGUGACUCCAGCGAUGAGGACACGCCCGCGAGCAGUGACAAGACAUCCUCUCACAAACAGGUGACGCCCUUGCAGCAAAAUCAAGACGUUUCAGCUAGUAACGACAGCUUAGACGGCAAAUCUUCCAAGGACAAAUCAAGCGUGUUGGGUGCGAUUUUUAAACGACCUUACAAAAAGGGACACGGCCGCAGGCCCUCGCAGGAUCUUCUGGAUAUUGAUUUUUCUGCUAGCAACAACAAUGACAAUGAGAGCACCAAGGAGUCAGCAGACGUAUUCAAAAAGUCACCAAAGCCUUUAAAAGAAAAGACUACAUCUCAAGACAAUUUGACAGUGGACAAUGAAGUAUCUGCCAACAGCGUCAGUCUUACAGAGAAGACAGCAAAGGACAAAUCAAGCGUGUUGGGUGCGAUUUUUAAAAGGCCUUACAAAAAGGGACACGCCCGCAGGCCCUCGCAGGAUCUUCUGGAUAUUGAUUUUUCUGCUAGCAACAACAAUGACAGCACCAAGGAGUCAGCAGACGUAUUCAAAAAGUCACCAAAGCCUUUAAAAGAAAAGACUAAAUCUCAAGACAAUUUGACAGUGGACAAUGAAGUAUCUGCCAACAGCGUCAGUCUUACAGAGAAGACAGCAAAGUAUCGUGAAAAGGAGAAGUUAGAAGGCUCCAAAGAAAACCUUGCAGAGAAACACAAAUCCAAACAGAGUGGCUUCAGUGCUUUGAUGAACACCUUCUCCUUCGACAACCAGGGGAAGGACAAUACAGACGCUGAUGUAGAGGAGACAUUGGACAAUGCAGAGAACCAGGCCAGCUACAAACAGAGCAAACUAGCAGGAGUGAUGGCCAAACUGAAUCCAUUUAAAAAUGAAAACAAAGAGAAGCAGAGUGACUCCAGCGAUGAGGACACGCCCGCGAGCAGUGACAAGACAUCCUCUCACAAACAGAAAGAGACAAAAGACACAGACACACUCAAAGAAGCUGAGAAACAAAUGGAGGGUAAACCGAAAGCUCUCAAAAACAACGUGGACAGAGAGAGGAACCAGAGAAGUGAAAUGCCGCCAGUUCCACCUCGACCCACUCCGAAGGAGAAGAGCGGCACACCAGUGCAGGAGAAAGUGAAGACAAAAGCAUCUGAGGGCGCUCAGGAGGAGAAGUUAUCAGGCUCCAAAGAAAACCUCACAGACAAACCUAAAGUCAGACAGAAGGGCUUCAGUGCCAUGAUGAAGAGCACCUUCUACUCCGACAAGCAGGAGAACGCUGAUGUUGGGGAGACAUUGGACAAGGCAGAGAACCCGGCCAGCAACAAACAGAGUAAAUUUGCUGAAGCGAUGACCAUAAUGAAUCCAUUUAAACACGCACACAAAGACAAGCAGAGUGAUUCCAGUGACGAGGACGCACCCACUGACAAGUCAUCCAGCCACAAACAGGCCAAUAAGGACAAGCUGUCUGGAAAGAAACCGGACAAAGAAGCUCCAAAAAUUCCUUCCCAAAAGCCCCUGAUGAAGGAUUUGAGGAACAGAGCUGCCAACACGUGUGUGCAGGAGAACCAGCAGCAGAGCCAAUCAGACGAGGAGACCCUGAAGGACAAAGCAACACGCCAACAGGGGGACGAGGUGACACCAGCGGAGAGCAAACCGAACAAGAAAAAAACAAAGCACAUUUACCCGCUAUUGCAGCAAGCUGCUGCCCAGCCUCCAUCAGACGACGAAGGACUGAAAGACGAAAAAGAGAAAGGCGACGAGUCCAGACAGGAGCUUGAGAAGGAUGGCACUAACAAACCAGAAGAGGUCAAAGUCAAGAAGCCCAAGCGACACAAUCCCUUCAUGCCUCGCGUCAAGACCAAAGUGACCCAGAGAAAAACACAAGAUGAAGAGAAUGAAGGUGCAAACUUACCUCUGUUUGAUCGACUGGACGAGUUCCGUGUCGACACACUGCAGCCUGAGGACAUACAGGAUAUGGACGGUCUCAUGAAAUGGUGGCGCACUGUGGAGUCUUGGGUGGACACGCCUCAGGAUGAAGACAUGACGGAGAAAGAAGAGGCUAAAGCGUUCGCUGUGACGGCGGAGAAGGUGCAGAAGGGCAUCCGCGUUUUCAACAAGCUCUACACGGACCGCGCGGAGAGCCUUUGGCAGCACGUCAUGGACUUGCGCGCCAUCGCCGACACUCUGGAUAAGUUCAGCAAGAACACCAAGAUCGCUCAAAUUACUGGCGGCUCCACCAGCGCCAUCGGAGGGGUGGCCACCAUCACCGGCCUGGCUUUGGCGCCCGUCACCUUUGGCACCUCCCUGAUCGUGACAGCGGUGGGCCUGGGCGUGGCCGCGGCAGGCGGGCUCACCUCGGCGGGGGCCGGCAUCUCCAACCAGGUGAACAACUCCAUGGACCGUAAGAAGGUUGAGAAGAUCGUGAAGGACUACGAGGAAAAGAUGGUGGGCCUCAACAAGUGCCUAAUGUUCAUCAAGCAGGGGAUUGAGAAUCUGCGGCGUUUCGACCUCAUCAAGAUGAAGAACAACGCCUACAACCGCGACUUCCCAGCGCUCACCUCCAGCUUUUACGAGGACGGCGCCAUGGCAGGCAAGGCCAUCCUCAUCAACGCCAACGAGAUCAUGCGCGUGGUGCAGAUCGCCAACGUGGCCGGCAGCACGGCGGCCAGGGCGGUCCAGAUCGCCAGCAUGGCCACGGGGGUCCUGACAGGACUCUUCGUGGCCAUGGACAUCUACUUCGUGGCCAAGGACUCCAAAGAACUAAAGAAGGGCGCCAAGUCCGAGUUUGCCAGCAAGAUCAGGGAGGUGGCCGAGCAGCUCAGCCUUGGCCUGGUGGAGCUCAACACCAUACGGGAUGAGCUAAAGGGCACCACACCGCAGGACAACCAAGAGGACAACACCGCCUUGGACAAGAAGAAGUACGACUAUGACGAGUCGGAAGAAGACGAAAUUGACCGCAUCAAAAAAGCCUACAAGAAGGAUCUCGACAACAGAGAAUACGUGUGAGAGAACACCUUCAACCUCGGUGCUUGUUGCCGAAGACGGGCGCCUUACAACAUAAUACCUACAAGCACUUUGUCAAACCUAACAAAUAUAUCUGGCUACUUCCUCUCAUGCCAGCUAGAACCAGACUCCUUUUGGAGGAUACUAACAUUCAUCUUCCCAGAACAUUUUUCUGUCAUCUAAGCUCGUCGAACAAGAGGAGCCGCAGAUUCAGGAUCACUCGUCCGACGUUUCCGCGAGGAAUGGAGAAAUGUGGCCUUUAUGAAUCCAAACUAAUCUCCAAGACGCAAAGAAAAGUCAACCUUCCUGUGAGUGUUUGCUGAUAAGAACAAAGUUACAUUCAAACGUGUUGACAGUUUUAUGAUGAUACAUUUGACACUUUAUGCUUUUUAAUAUUGUCUAGUGGCAUAAUCACUUGCAGGAAUUAGUAUCAACUAGAGAUGUCCGAUAAUAUCGGUCUGCCGAUAUUAUCGGCCGAUAAAUGCGUUAAAAUGUAAUAUCGGAAAUUAUCGGUAUCGGUUUUUUUAUUAUCAGUAUCGUUUUUUUUUGUGUUUUUUAAUUAAAUCCACAUAAAAAACACAAGAUACACUUACAAUUAGUGCACCAACCCAAAAAACCUCCCUCCCCCAUUUACACUCAUUCACACAAAAGGGUUGUUUCUUUCUGUUAUUAAUAUUCUGGUUCCUACAUUAUAUAUCAAUAUAUAUCAAUACAGUCUGCAAGGGAUACAGUCCGUAAGCACACAUGAUUGUGCGUGCUGCUGGUCCACUAAUAGUACUAACCUUUAACAGUUAAUUUUACAAAUUUUCAUUCAUUACUAGUUUCUAUGUAACUGUUUUUAUAUUGUUUUACUUUCUUUUUUAUUCAAGAAAAUGUUUUUAAUUUAUUUAUCUUAUUUUAUUAAUUUUUUUUUAAAAGUACCUUAUCUUCACCAUACCUGGUUGUCCAAAUUAGGCAUAAUAAUGUGUUAAUUCCACGACUGUAUAUAUCGGUUGAUAUUGAUAUCGGUUGAUAUCGGUAUCGGUAAUUAAAGAGUUGGACAAUAUCGGCAUAUCGGAUAUCGGCAAAAAGCCAUUAUCGGACAUCCCUAGUAUCAAAAGGAGUGCAAUCAUCGGACAUCCCUAGUAUCAACCCUAUUUGAUUCCAUAUUUAGGCUAAUCACUGUUUUAAAAACACUUUUAAGUGCAUUUUUGUUUCCGUAAAACUGGAGGAUUUUAAAAACCAAUCACAUGCUAGCAAGCUAGCGUUAGUGCUGACAUACGGAAACACUCGCUGGAUGUAAAUAGAUUUAGUAUUUCUUUGUAGAAAACAAUGUUUUUUGGUUUCAUGUUGACGUAGCAAGAAUGCCUUGACAUUGUUUGCACUGGAUAAUAUAUAUCCUCUAUGCAGGAUUUAUUUAAUGAACUUUCUAUUUAUUUUGUUGUCUUCUGGGCGGAGCUAAUACAUUAUUUUGCAAUAAACGUGUAAUAUAUUUUAAAGAUGACAAUAAAGGCCAUAUAACUUUUUAGUAUUGGUAUUUUGUUUUGAACAUGCAUACAGUGGUGGACAUUUGUGAUGCACCAUACUGUAUCACAUUGCAGUCUGCAAUUUCUCACUUUCCACAAUGCGAUUAAAAAAUAAAUAAGCAAUUGAAAUUUUAAAUGUAUUUUAAUUAGCCCAAAAAAAUGUAAUAUGUUAGAAUAAUUGUAAGUUAUCACAAACAUGUUUGUGUUGAAACGAGUUCCAGGCAAAAAGACAAAAGCUGUCUUUGAGGCCUACCAAGAGUAAGGCUCGUAAAACUCCACUGGGACUUCAAAGCGGAGAGAUGACAGGAUCUGCCCAAUUUCCAGACGAACUCUUUUUGAAGUAUUUUACGAACUCUUUUUGAACUAUUUUAUGGAACUCUUUUUGAACUAUUUUACGACCUCUCCUUUUGAACUGUUCGGUAACCAAAGGCAACGCUGUUUACGACCCACUUCCCUCUGGAAGCAGCUGUGGUCAGGUGGGGGGAGAAAGUCAAAUAAAGAAGGAGGAGUGCAAUCUUUUGGCAGAGCGUGCUGAGAUACUGUACAAGGGUACAGUGUGUCCAGGCGUGUCUCCUCAAUUGAGUCCAAAUUGAAUUCUGUCUCUGUUUAAUUAUUUGCCUCUUGUCUUGUUUAAUAGAUGUCAUCAGUGUUUGAACCUGACAAAUAUAUACCAGAAGUCAAUGUAGAGAGCUUAAACGAAUGAGAAUUAUGUUCAGAUUUAUAGGCUUUUCUGUAGCUUCACAAGCAAAAUAUGUAAAUAUGAAUUUUAAUUU